GGGCAGGAGAUGAAGAAAGGAAGACAGGCCCGCGACCCCGUGGGGGUGGUAAUAAACAAAAAUGAACUUGCCCUUUUUGGGAAAAAACACCUUUUAGAAAAUAGAGGAAAACUUUCGAUGGAGGAGUGUGGGGAAAAUUUAAGGGAAAAUCGUGGGGGACGUAAGAUAAGAGUAUUUAGCUUUUUAAUACCUCUGUAUCCCCCGACUGUUGUCUCAGUGUGAUAAAAAUGGUGUAAUCUGUGCCCUGUAUGGGGAGUCAAAAUAAACGAGGGGUGGGAAAUUGCUUGGUGAUGACGUGAUGAAAACUGAAGCGGAACGGACCCCCCGGGCCCUAUUUUUUUUAGAUUAUCGAAUAUGUAUCUAAAGGGAUCGUGGAUAAGGGUUUUCCCCGGGGCCAUUAGUGCCGCUUGAAGACUAAAAAAACAUAGCGGUCGAGACAAAUGACUGUCGACUUUUUAUGAAUUAGCCACGACACGCAAGUGGCUAAUUGAUAAAAAGUUUUGAUGCCAGAGAAUCCUCUCGCUUUUUGAGUGGUGUUCGAGAGCGUGUCCCGCGCAAGGGGUUCGGUGCAGCCAUGGCGCCCGGUCGCGAAAGCAGGCGCCCGUGGGUGUGGGUCGCGGUGGCGCUCGGCUGCCUGCUGCCGCCCCGCCCCUGCGCCGGCAGCGUCCACUCGUCCUUCGGGGACAACUCGGGAAUGAUGACUGGCGAAAACGCCAACGUGGACUACGAUGCCAUGACAGAGACCGUCGUCAGACUGGCCACUGACACCACCACCCUCUCGGCCACCUUGCCGCCUUACCUCCCGCGAGCCGUCACCGCCCCGCCCGCCACCACCUCCUCUUCCACGCCGCCGCCUGCGUCGCCGCCGCCGCCGCCUCGCUUCCACGCCGCGCCCUCCACCACGCCGGAGCCGCCCCGCAUCGACGUCGACCGGCUGGGCAGCGCCACCCGCGUGCUGGUCGAGUGCCACGCGACCCACGGCGGCGCCUCCAUCAGCUCGUCGACGGGCAUCACUGCGCCUGUCACCGCGGCGCCCGUGACCGGGCUCGCCGAGGGUUCCACCCCGCCGCCCGCGGUGGCGUCGGGCGAGGGCGAGGCGGAGGUGGAUCUGAGCGCGGUGGAGGUGGGCGAGGACAGCACCGUGGUGGGAGUGGAGGCCCUGCAGUGCCGGCGGGUGGGCGUGGUCGGCGCCCUCCCAGACUGGGCCUCCACCCUCACCAUCUCCACGCCUGGCACCCUGUCGCUCGCCCCCGGCUGGUCUGCCGUCGCCACGGAGCUGUGGAUGCGGGCGGCGGGCGGGUUGGAGCACAAGGGCGACCUGUGCGCCCUCCUGCCGCCCACGCUGCGGUUCCUGGACGCGUCGCGCACCCGCCUCGGGGAGCUGGUGGUGGGGUCGUCGUGCGUCCCCCUGCGGCGCGUGGAGGCCGCCCACUCGGCCCUCUCGCGGGUGUCGCUCUGUACGCCCGCGCUCGUCACGCUCCACGUCUCCGGCAACGAGGUGUCCGGCAGCCUGGAGUGGGCGGCCUGCGCGGGCGGGGUGGCGGCCGUGGAGCUGCUGCAGGCCAACCACAACGAGCUGAAGACGGCCUCCACGUGCGGGUGGCCGAGCCUGCACACCCUCGACCUGCGUCACAACCGCCUCACCGCCCUCGACCUCACGACCUGCCCGCCCACAAACCUCACUCGCGUCACCGCCGCCCGCAACCUCCUCCAGACGCCGCCCGAACUCACGCCCACCCUCCUGCACGUCGAUCUCUCGCGCAACAGUCUGACGGAGCUGCCUGCGCUCACGCCCGCGCUGCUGACGGCCGAUUUCUCGCACAACGGCAUAGUGGAGGUCGGGAAGCACAGGUUCAAGCGAGCCAGGAACCUUCUCCAUCUGAAACUGGCGCACAAUCACCUCACUCAGCUCCACGCGCACGACUUAAGCGGCCUCCGGGAACUGCUCACGCUCGACGUCAGCCACAACCGCCUGCGGGAGGUAUCAGCUGGAUCCUUCCGCCACCUGCGCCAUCUGCAGCGGCUCCACCUGCAGCACAACCACCUGACAACCCUUGACGCCCGUGAUCUGGCAGCGCUGACGCCCCGCACCCACGCCAUCCUGCACCACAACCCGUGGGCGUGCACGUGCUCCCUCUUGACGGCGCUGCAACAGCUUCAGAACUGCGCCACAUGCCAGCACCAGAUCGUGGGCGUGGAGUGCAAGGAGCGCGGGGAGUGGGUGGCGGCGCGGGCGGUCCUGCGCUCGUGCCUGCAGGCCGUGAAGGACGUGACGCAGCGCCUGCAGGACGAGUCUGACGAGGACCUGUCGGAGGAGGACCCAGCGGACGACCCCCUGAGCAGCAGCGGCGACGGCGAGGGCGCGGUCAUGGUGGUGCCCGGGCUGGUGGUGCUGCUGGUGGGCGCGGUGGCCGUGGCGCUCGGGUACCGCCUCUACCGCAAGCAUCGCCGCAACGUCAGGGCCACGCUGGCGCCCCUCUGCUGCGGCUGCUGCGGCACCGUGCCCCCCGUGACCACGCUGGGCAACAACCACCACCACAGCCUGCAGCACCGCCACCUGCCCAACGCCGACAACGACUCCGACACGGAGACGGAGCUCUGACGUCGUGACGGAGACUCCAGAGAGGCGUCGGUCGCGGCGUCGGCCUAUGACGUCAUCGCGGAAACCGAGAGGGAUGAAAACCGUUUUUUCUUUUCAUUUUUUUUUUUUUUAAUGCAGAUCGUAAUGAUGUGUUCAGCUGUGACGUUUAUCGUGUGGUUUUGAGAAACUGUAAAGCUUUAUAUAAUAUGUGACAAUAUUGUUUUUACAUAGCUGUGGCAUUUGUAAUGUUUAUAUCCCUAUGGCUGUGACAGUGGCAGUGUGUCUGUGUGCGUGUGUGUCAACAGUGAAAUCCCUUCAAAUGCAGCUGUGAUAUCGAUAAAAGUAUUCACUAGGAAGCUGUGCAGUUGACGCGUGUUGGUAUCCCGUGUUUUAAUUCAUAUUCCCGUGACAUGCGAACUCCCAGCUGUGACUUCGUGUGACAGAAGGUGAUCUAUAAAACUCGCGAGUGGACACUGCUGUAAUGGAAGAAAAUAUAAACCGUGUGAAGAAAAUAUAUAUAUAUAUAUUACAAGAAUUUUACUCCAUUAUGUGGCAUGAAGCGAUCGAUCACACGAGACUCGCAUGCAGUCUUGGGGUCAUGAAGUGCCUGUGACGUCACUGCAGCAGAAGGUAAUCAGUCGCCGCCUGCAGUUGCUAGCAAUGGAAGCGAUGUUUGCAACUGCUCAUUGCAACCUUAGAGGUCUGCCUAAAAGUUUUGAGAGACUGCUAUAUACUGGUCCCUUUGAGUGGUUAAUCUCGUCAACAGUUCCAUAUUACAUAUAUAUAUUUAUAAAUUGCGAAUGAAAUGUAAAGAAAAAAUGAAAUAAAAUGAAAAAAAUCAUG